AUGCCCAACAAACCUGAAGGCGUCAAGAAGUCCGCCAAACAGGCCAUGGAAGAAAGGCAGGUGGAAAUGGCGGCGGAGUUCGCUCGCCUACAGGAGGCCGUUCAUCUGGAGGAAGAGGAGGAGCGCAGACAGAGGGAGGAGAAGAAGAUCAAGGGUACUGGAGUCGGCGUCAUUGGGGCGCAUGGGGGUGUCGAUGAUAUCAGGUUACUAGUCAGUCCAGCAACUCCGAAGGUCCGGAGAAAUCUUGCAGCUCCUGUGUGGAGCAUAAGAGGGGACUGUACCUGGACUCAGGCGUCUAGGUCCAACAGGAUCCAGAAUUGCGACGUGUGCCUUCAGCUGAAGGCGCAGUGCUCCAGCGGCGUUCCGCCAGUUAGUAUCGACAAGGGGAAGAAGCGGGAGCGAGCGGAGGGGACCCCAUCUCCCCGGGCAAAGGGGAAGAAGCGUCAGCAGAGCCUGGUGGAGAUGGACGACGACGUGGAGGUGAUUUCCAAUCCCCAGACCGUGAUCGCGGAGGAGGGCAGAUGGACGGAGUACGACGACCAGGCCUGGGUGGCCACUGCCAACAACAUAGUGGCGGCAUUGGCACGGACCAAUGGACUUCUGGAGCGGAGUAUCGCUGUGGCGGAGGGGAGCAGAGCGGCCAUGGAUAGGUUCAUGGAGGAGCAGAGGGCUUUCCAAGCCUUAUUCCUGGAGGCGGCGAGGAACGGCUUUCACGUGGAGGCGGCGGAAGAACCAGAGGAAACGGAGGUGGAGGUGGAGGGUGGGAGCGGUGCUGGGGUCUCUGGCGGAGAUAUGGAGACUGAUGACCUCUAG